AUGGAGAGAUCAUGGUUUUACCCAUAUUCAUUUUGGUGCUAUCCGAAUCGCUUUAACAUACCACGGAAGAAAAGGUCAACCUGUCGUAGCUCGACUUUCUCUUCUAGAUACAAGAUAUUUGGAGUACCAACAUGCCAAUUUGGGUACUACAGAAGUUACCUUAAAUGCCGGGACAAUCUUCAUAACUAUCUUCCAAAUUUCAACAUGUCCCUUUAUGACCCAUACCUAACCGAAGCUCUAAAAAUCCAAGUCCAAAUCCAAGGAGCCCCACAAGCCAAAGAUUCCAUCCAAGCUACUAUUCACCACCAAAUAGCAUGGCGAGUCCAAAAUCAUGCCAUGGAUCUCUGUCUCCCCGGAGGAGAAAAUGCUUUACUCUUAAAUAUUGACGCUACCAAAGGAAACACCACGUGCACCCAAAUACCCAGACAGAUUUCCAGAGAUGAGCUAGUCAAAAUUCUUCCUGACUCCUGGAUCACAAAUUACGAAAAGCUAAGGGAACCUGAAGAAUCUCUGCAAUCUGGUGAACCAACUUUUACCAAAAGAAGUGACAAAACCGUUUGUAUAAGCUUUGACCAUUCCCAUCUCAAAAAACCCAACAAAACAAUCUUCUCUUGCCAAGUGAUUCAACCCAAAGAUACAACAGAUACAUACCCAGAACCUGAUGGAGAGUUUUUUUGA